AUGCUACUGCUAACCAUUUUCCUUGCGUCCCAAAAGAAAGAAUUGUCCCAUUUGCAUGAAGUCUUGUUUUUAUUUAAAGGAAGAAUAAAGAAUCAGGAAUCCUAUUCGGUUUUUGGUCUCUCUCCUCUGCCCUGUUUCUUGAUAUUCUUUCACUCAUCCUCCUUGAUUUCCCACAUCCCCUGUUUCUUCAUAUCCUUCCUUUCUUUCUCUCUCCUUGAUUCCCCUCCUCCUCAGUUUGUUGCUAUGCUUUCUCUCUCCAUCCAUGAUUUAUUUCCCCUCGUGUUUCUUAAUAUCCUUUCUCUCAUCCUUAAUUUCCCUUGUCUCCUAUUUCUUAGUAUUAUUUCUCUCCUCCUCUUAGAUUUCUCACCUCUCCAUUUUAUUGAUAUCCUUUCUCUCCUCCUCUUUGAUUUCCCUCCUACCCAUUUCUUAAUAUCCUUUCUCUCCUCCCCUUUGAUUUCCCUCCUACCCAUUUCUUAUCCUCUCUUCUCCUCUUUGAUUUCCCUCCUACCCACCAUUUUAUUAAUAUCCUUUCUCUCCUCCUCUUUAAUCUUUCCUCUUCUAUUCCUAAAAUCUAUCCUUUCUCUCUUCCUUGUUUUUCUCCUUUUUUGUUUCUUAAUAUCCAUUCUCUUUUGA